GCCGAUUUCGACAUUGUAUUUUGAUCUCAGGUGAGGAGGUGGGUACAUUGAUGUCGUUUGUGUUUUGAUAUCAGUCUCGAUUGAGGUAAUUCGUUGCAAUUUUGAGAUGCUUGAAUGCCAUGAAGUGAACGAGACAUUGACAUCGCCGGUGUCGACACUGGACUGUACAUCCCACCAUCAGAUUGCUACCGCGGCGGUUAGUCCGAUACUGGCAGAGUUCAUAUAUAUAUCGUUAACAGUUGUGCUCCAAAGCCGCUGUCUGACCUUGCAUGCCCCUCACAACCUUGCUACCAUUUGAGACCCUCCAUUUCAAAAUAACUUGAAAAGUAAGUAUGUAUUUCAGAAACUUAUAUCCGGCCCUAGAUCCACCCACAGUCACAGUUCCAUGGCGCACAAUAUCGGCUUUCAAGUACCCGUCGGAUGGCCAAGUUCUACCGCCGCAUCUACCAGUCCAACUGUCAUUUUAUCGAGUCCGCCAACACUAAAUCUCAUUUCCGCCAUGCUAACAACUUUUGAAUUGGACGAGGUGUCUACCGCGGGCGAAGGAACAGCAAUCACGCAAUACAUCCAGCGUCACGGGAUGGUAAACCCUGUUACCCGGAGACUGCAAUCGGGGGUCAUGUUCUGGGUAUACCCAGAAGGCCGUGAGGGGCCGUACGAGGAAAUGAAGGAUGAUGGGCGUGCGAAGACGGGAAGAACUCUAUUGCACGGACUGUUGGUCACGAUUGAGAAUGGUGCGGUGAUGGAGGGAAUGGUGGAGAGUGUAUUGGAAUAUUUACCCUGGGAUGCGAUUGGCCAUUUACAUUUUCCGGGGCGACAGGCCUAGCCUUG